ACACCACCUGCCUAGGGCCUUCAUCAAAGAACAGCGCAGAGGAGGAGUGCCUCACUUUCUCUACCAGACCCCGUGGAAGAACCCACAUGUACUCACAUCUGCAUAUGCUUACGCACUCCUAACGCACUGGAGAACACAGAUAUACUGCUGUUUCAGCACAGCAGUGUCACAUCUUUAUCAACUGCUAUCAGCAGCAGAAGAACCCCUGCUGGUGAGAGCAGGACAACUGAGCAGCAGAAUAAACCCUGCUGGUGUGAGCAGGACAACUGAGCAGCAGAAGAACCCACACUGGUGUGAGCAGGACAACUGAGCAGCAGAAUAAACCCUGCUGGUGUGAGCAGGACAACUGAGCAGCAGAAGAACCCUUGCUGGUGUGAGCAGGAAAACUGAGCAGCAGAAUAAACCCUGCUGGUGUGAGCAGGACAACUGAGCAGCAGAGGAACCCUUGCUGGUGUGAGCAGGAAAACUGAGUAGCAGAAUAAACCCUGCUGGUGUGAGCAGGACAACUGAGCAGCAGAAGGAACCCUUGCUGGUGUGAGCUGGACAACGGAGCAGCAGAAGAACCCCUGCUGGUGUGAGCAGGACAACUGAGAACCAGUUGCUGAAACGCAAUGCACCCACAGAACCUCCCCAUCACACAAGUAUAAAAGCUUCACUUCAGCAUGGGAAGUCGCUCCAGCAAAGAUCGACGGAGCUCCACCACGCACACUUCUCUACUGAGCCAGGAAGAGAGCACCGAGGCCCCCGCAGUGGAUGAUAACAGACAUGUUGUGGUGUCUCUGUACAACUAUCCUUCUGGAGAUCUCACGGACUGCAUUAUUCGUGCGGGAGAGAAGCUCAACAUCCUAUCAGAAGAUGGUGAUUGGUGGCGAGUGAGUUCCUCAGCAACAGGCAAGGAAAGCUACAUUCCAAGCAGCUAUACUGCCAAAGUGUUCCACAGGUGGCAGUAUAAGGGCAUCAGCAGAGAGAAGGCAGAAGAGCUUCUGCUGCUCCCUUAUAACCUGGCUGGGUCCUUCAUGAUCCGGGAGAGCCAGACCUGCAGUGGUGCCCACACGCUGUCCAUAAAAAGGAGCACAAGCUCUGCAAGAGGCUGUGUGAAACAUUAUCGCAUACACCAGCUGCAAAAUGGCUGGCACUACAUCUCACCCAGACUCACUUUCGUCUCACUAUCCCAGCUGGUGGACCACUACUCCGAGGUGGCUGAUGGACUCUGCUGUCUACUGAGAGAACCGUGCUUCAUCUUUGAAUCUAACAAUAUGCCUAUGGUCACCGGCCCACCAAUGGUCGUAAGGAAGGCCACCCUAAACUGGAAGGAUGUGGACAGCUCCAUGAUCUUCAGCAAAGACAAAGUAGACACAGAAGAGUCCCUGGUCAGUGAGGGACUAAGGGAAGCCAUCAACUCAUACCUGUUUAUGACGGACGAAGGGAACAGUGAGGACUGUGAUCUCAGCUGGAAUACCUGAAAGUGGAGACAAGUUUCACUCCUCAAGGAGAGAUCACUCACGACCACAACACAAAUAGUGGUCGGAGCAGGCUUGUUCGCAGAGGCCAAGCUACAGGAGUUUCAUCCAUGAAGAUGCUCCCUUUUUCCAAGACCCGGCCCCUGGAGGAGGAGGCUGCUUUGGCCUGAUUGCCACUUCCAGUGGGUCUUUAGCAAAGCAGUAAACCAAAAGGAAAGGUGCCACAGACUGAAAGUACAUACCGUACCUAUAGGCAUCAUCUUACUCUCUGAAAAGGUGAAUGGAAUAUUGUUUUCGACUAAAUUAUUUUUGGACAGACAGUAAACUGAUCAUGGAUCUAAAUCUAUGCAGCUCAGAUUACACCAAUGGUUUUUCUGGACACUGGACCUAAAGUGACAGUACAAGACAUUUUGUGUCGAUGAAAAGAGUACAUUUUAUAUUGUGUAAAAUUAUGGGAAUGGUCUAUUUAUGGAACAUUAAGAUGUGUGACAAUUCCAUUUGUGGAACAAUCUGUAGCUUUAUCAAGGAUGUGGAUUACCUCAAUCACUUCCUGGAAAGAGCACUGCUGAUAUUACUGGCAUAGGACAAGUUUCUGUGAAAGCUUUUCAUCAUGUUAACAAUGCUGUGCCAACUGGAUUACUGUGUAUCACCCAAAUUGACUGUCAAAGAAGAAUGUGGUCAUGAUAUAAUACUUAGUCCAUUCAUGGUACUGCAAACUACACUUGGGGUAAUGUUGUAAUAUGUUGCACUUGUAAAUGUUUGUUUCAAACCUCAUUUUUCCAUUCGUCAUCCAAUGUCUGAUUACAGCUGAUACAAUGUUCAAGUGAGCAAGGUUCUCAGAUGAUUAGAUUAAACCUAAAUGUGCCAUCACAUUUUCUGAUGAAGCUCAUACUUUUCAGAACUGUGCAUGGAAACUGUUAGAAAUUAACUGAUGGAAUUAAGAACAUGAUGCAUCUGCAGGCAGCUCUUAUUUGUGCAGUCACAAACUAAAUAACAAUGCUGCUUCUUAGCAGCAGAUAUGAAGUUUUGGUCUUGACACCUUUAUGAUAAACCGCAGCUCAGCCCAGGCACAGGAAAUGGUCAAGGAUGUGUGUACAGCAGCCCCGGAGUGGAAAAUAUAGAGGUAGAAGUAUGUGCCAGUUAUAUCUGUUGAUAUGUGAAAAAACAUUAUAAACAUGUUUAUCUGCCUUUUUCCUGACUGAUAAACAAGCAUUCAUUUUGUUAUUUUAAA